GACGCAACGUGCGUGCGUGCGCGGCCCCGCGGGGACCCGGAUCGGCGGCGCGUCGGGGCGGCGGCAGCGAACGGCGGAACCGGAGCAGCUGAAACGGGGAGGGCCCGGGAUUCCCGGGGAGGCUCCACGGCCGCCAUCACGGAUUUCCUGUGGGACAAGCGCACCGGGCUGGCUGCGAGGACGAUGCCUCACUCUCGAAGGUACCGCUCGUCGGAGCGCAGCAGCCGCGGCAGCUACCACGAGCGCUACAGGAGCCGCAAGCACAAGAGGCGGCGGACGCGGUCGCGAUCGAGCAGCAGCGAGCGUGACCGCCGGCACCGUCGGGAAGACAGUUACCACGUUCGGUCCAGGAGCUACGACGACCACUCAGCCGACAGGAGGGCCUACGACCGGCGUUACUGUGACAGCUACCGGCGCAACGAUUACAGCCGUGAGCGAGGAGAAGCUUACUAUGAACCCGAAUACCGUCAUUCCUAUGAGUACCGGCGCUCCCGGGACCGCGAGGGCAGCUACCGGAGCUGCAAAAGCAGCCGGCGUAAGCACAGGCGGAGGCGGCGCCGCAGCCGGUCCUUUAGUCGCUCCUCAUCGCAGCGGAGUCGACAGAGCAGCAGAAGGGCCAAGAGUGUGGAGGACGACGACGAGGGGCAUCUGAUCUAUCGCAUCGGCGACUGGCUACAAGAAAGAUAUGAGAUUAUUAGCACUUUAGGGGAAGGCACGUUCGGCAGAGUGGUGCAGUGCAUCGAUCACCGGAGGGGCGGUGCACGUGUCGCUCUCAAAAUCAUUAAAAACGUGGAGAAAUACAAAGAGGCUGCUCGGCUGGAAAUUAAUGUGCUGGAGAAAAUCAACGAGAAGGAUCCUGAGAACACGAAUCUCUGCGUCAGGAUGUUUGACUGGUUUGACUACCACGGCCACAUGUGCAUCUCCUUCGAACUGCUGGGGCUCAGCACCUUCGAUUUCCUGAAGGACAACAACUAUCUGCCUUACCCCAUCCACCAAGUGCGGCACAUGGCCUUCCAGGUGUGCCAGGCCGUGAAAUUUCUCCACGACAAUAAACUCACUCACACUGACCUCAAGCCGGAGAACAUCCUCUUUGUGAACUCUGACUACGAACUCUCCUACAACCUGGAGAAGAAGCGGGACGAGCGGAGCGUGAAGAGCACGGCCAUCCGAGUGGUGGACUUCGGCAGCGCCACGUUCGAUCACGAGCAUCACAGCACCAUCGUCUCGACCAGGCACUACCGGGCCCCAGAAGUCAUCCUGGAGCUUGGCUGGAGCCAGCCCUGUGAUGUGUGGAGCAUCGGCUGCAUCAUCUUUGAGUAUUAUGUGGGUUUCACCCUGUUUCAGACGCACGACAACCGGGAGCACCUGGCCAUGAUGGAGAGGAUCUUGGGGCCAAUUCCUUCUCGGAUGAUCCGCAAGACGAGGAAACAGAAAUAUUUCUACCACGGGCGCCUGGACUGGGAUGAGAACACUUCUGCUGGCCGCUACGUCAGGGAGAACUGCAAGCCGCUGCGGGACCCCACGGCGCUGCAGCCCCGGCCCGGUCCCGCGGCGCUGGACUCCUACAACCCCUUCGAGAGCGGCGCGCCGCCGCCGCCCUACCAGGCGCCAUCGGCGGCCCCGCCGCCGCUUCCCCCGGCCGGGGUGUCCCCGCCGCAAGCGGCCGCGCAGCCCCCGCGGAGAACCAGCCCCACGGAGCCCCGCAACUACGGCUCCUACGGCACACAGGCCUCGGCGGCGGCCGCCACGGCCGAGCUGCUGAAGCGGCAGGAGGAGCUGAACCGCAAAGCGGAGGAGCUGGACCGGCGGGAGCGGGAGCUGCAGAAUGCGGCCCUCGGUGGUGCUGCAACGAGGCCGAACAACUGGCCCCCGUUGCCGUCGUUCUGCCCGGUGAAGCCUUGCUUCUACCAGGACAUCCCCGUGGAGAUCCCCGCUGACUUCCAGAAGACCGUUUCUACCAUGUAUUACCUCUGGAUGGCCAGCACCAUCGCUCUCUUCCUGAACUUCUUGUCCUCGCUGGCCUGGUUCUGCGUGGACGCCUCGUCCGGUUCGGGGUUCGGCCUCUCCAUUCUCUGGGCUCUGCUCUACACGCCCUGCUCCUUCGUCUGCUGGUACAGGCCGAUGUACAAAGCGUUCAGGAGCGACAGUUCGUUCAACUUCUUUGUCUUCUUCUUCGUCUUCUUUGCCCAGAACGUGAUGUACGUGCUGCAGGCCAUCGGCAUACCCAACUGGGGAUUCUGUGGCUGGAUAUUGAGCCUGAUAGCGCUGCGCAAGAACACAGCCGUGGCCGUGAUGAUGAUCUUGGUGUCCUUGUCCUUCACGGCAGUGGCUGUGCUGGGCAUCAUUAUGCUGAAAAAGAUCCACUCUCUGUACCGCCGGACGGGCGCCAGCUUCCAGAAGGCGCAGGAGGAGUUUGCCGCGGGGGUCUUCUCCAACCAGGCGGUGCGCACGGCGGCCGCCAACGCUGCCGCGGGCGCCGCCACCAACGCCUUCCGGGCGCCCUAACCGUGCGGGGGACCCCGCUUUUCCAUCGCACGUGGGCUCUUUCCGAGGAAGAGGAAAUCCAAUUGGCAUUUUCAUUGGAUCCCCGUGUGUCUCGCAUCAGCUGGCAAGAGGCUGCCUCAUCCCAGCUUGGAAGUGCUGGUGCCCGAAUCGUCUGCUGCUCUCACCCCCUUUCCUCGCGGGCGGAGGCUGUUGUGGUUUGUGCUGGUCCCCCUUCCCUCGCAGACCGGGGAAGGAGUGGGACGGGAGGUGGUGUGUCCCGUCAUCACCCUCCCUUCCAGCGCCAGCUGCUGGGGCAGGAGCCUCCUCCAGAUGUGUGACAGGGACCGAAACAGCUGCUCGGCUCUUACUGUGUGUCCUGGGCCCCGAAGGGUCCCCGUGUGCCCAGUCCCAGGGCGGGCAGGGUCCAGCUCUUCCUUGGAGGCUUUUUCCUGCCUUCCCCUUGCUGUGGGAGCUGCUUCCCCACCCAAAACAUGGUCCAAGUCCUGCCCUGCGCUGCUGGGCUGGGAGGGAGCCCCGUCCCAGUCCCUUUCCCCAUCCUCUCCAUCUCUCCUUGGCUGAGCUGAGCCCGCUCCAGGUGGGGGAUAAGGGGGACACAGCCAGGACUGGCACAUGGUGCACUGGGCUGGGUGCCGGGGGUGGCUUCUGGGUGCUCAGGAGGGCUCCUGGUAGCCCUUUAGCUCCCUCCUCAUCUCCAGCCAGGGCCCACACGGCUUCUCCCUUCAUCCCCUGGGUCCAGCGACCCCUCACAAUCCCCAGCACUCCUCCCCCUGCCCCUUCGCCCUCUUCCCUUUUCGGGGGCCCAGCUGCUCCCUGUACGUGCCCCUACUAACCCCGGUGUCCCCUGUCCCGUGUGCCAGUGUCUUUGGGGAUCCCCGACCCUGCUCCUCCUGCGCCGGGUCUCAUGAGUUCCGCUUUGCCCCAUCUCCUCUCCCGCGCUCCGGGGUUUGUUCCUGCUGCUUCUGGGCCAGCGAGAGGGUUCGUGCCUUCAUCCAUGGGGACCAGCGCCUGCAGCUGGACCUCUGUCCCCUCCCGCUGCGGGGGGGCUGGCGCUGGGUGACAGCGGUGUCCCCGCUCCCGCCGCGCCCUCCCGUGUGUUGCUGUGCUCGCCGCCGAACCGCCUUCAGGUUUUAUUUAAGGAAUAAAUGAAGUUUCACUC